AUGCCGGGAAAGCUUGGUGACAGCAAGGGCACAGAGAAUGUGGCACCAGCUCCCCCAGCUGCCGCGUCUUUUCCUCUUGAAGAGCUUGCCUGGCAAUGCACCAAGAAUGCCAUCGCCGUGAGCCAGUACCUCUCCGCCAACGAACUGCCGCAACCAUCGCACGAGCCGGAUGCACCGAGCAGCACCCUUCCCAAGGACGCGCCACCAAAUAUCCGUCGCGCGCGACAGAGUCUCAUGAAUGCUGCUCUACAGCUCUUCCAGCUCGCCGCCGGGCCCAGUGAGUUCAUCCCGAACCUCGCCCCCGGCUUCCAAUACGUCGCCUGUCUUUCUUGGCUCCUCCGCUAUGAUAUCUUCCACCUCGUCCCCGCAUCAGGCUCAAUUUCGUACCGAGACCUCGCCACGGCGGCGUCUAGGCGCGCCAAUAGUGCCGCCGACAUUCCGGAGGCGCGCCUCAAGAGCAUCGUUCGUAUGGCUAUGACAUCGGCGCUGUUCCGUGAACCGGAACCAAACCGUGUAGGCCACUCAGCCACCUCAGCCCUCUUAGCACGCGACGCAGAUGUGCAUUCCUGGGCAUCAUAUCUGAGCACCCGCUCAGCUCCCACCGCGCUCUCCAUGGCCGCAGCACACGAUAAAUUCACACCCGCGAGCGUCGCCAAGAACGAGACUGCAUACAACGUCGCCUUUGACACCCAUCUGCCCUUCUUCGAUCACCUCGCCUUGGACCCCGCCAACACCGCUGAGUUCGCCGGUUACAUGCGCAACGUGACGACGAGCGAAGCCGUCGAUGUGAAGCACCUGGUAAACGGAUACCCCUGGGCGGAUCUCGGGCAUGGGCUAGUCGUCGACGUCGGCGGUUCAACUGGUAACGCAGACAUCGCCCUCGCCAAAUCCUUCCCGGACCUACGCUUUAUCGUCCAGGAUCUCCCUGACAAUGCCAGCGCCGGACGCGAAGCCGCGGAGGCGAACCUCCCCAGCGAUAUCCUUUCUCGGAUUAGCUUUCAAGGUCACGACUUUACCAAGCCGCAGCCCGUUGCCGGCGCCGACGUAUAUCUAUUGCGCAUGAUCCUACACGAUUGGCCCGAUCAUGUGGCCAUCACCAUCCUCAAGCAGUUGGUACCAGUUCUAGAGAACAAAAAAGCCAAAUUGAUCAUCAUGGACACCGUCUUGCCGGCACCAGGACAGGUCCCGGGCUCGGUAGAGCGCAUCGUGCGCGUGCGCGAUCUGACCAUGAUGCAGGUUUUCAAUAGCCACGAGAGAGAUCUCGAUCAAUGGAAAGCGCUGUUGGCUGCGGCAGAUGAGGGCUUGCGGCUGCGCCGGGUGAUGGAGCCUUAUGGCAGUGCCAUGUCGUUGCUUGAGGUGGAAUUGGAUAGGGAUUUCCAGGAGGAGGAAGAGGAGAGCUGGGCUAUUAGUGGCUAG